GACCCUGCGGGAAUAUUUGAACUGGUGCAGGUUGUUGGAAAUGGGACAUAUGGACAAGUCUAUAAGGGUCGCCAUGUUAAGACGGGGCAGCUAGCAGCAAUCAAGGUGAUGAACGUCACUGAGAAUGAAGAGGAGGAAAUCAAGCUGGAGAUAAAUAUGUUAAAAAAGUACUCCCAUCACCGGAAUAUUGCUACAUAUUAUGGUGCAUUUGUAAAGAAAAGUCCUGCGGGCCAAGAUGAUCAGCUCUGGCUGGUGAUGGAGUACUGCGGUGCGGGCUCUGUCACUGACCUGGUAAAGAAGACAAAAGGGAACUGUUUCAAGGAAGACUGGAUUGCAUACAUCUGCAGAGAGGUUCUCAGGGGUUUGGCACAUCUUCAUGUUCAUCAUGUCAUCCAUCGAGAUAUUAAAGGACAGAAUGUUCUUCUCACAGAAAACGCAGAAGUAAAACUGGUGGAUUUUGGCGUAAGUGCUCAACUAGAUAGGACUAUUGGGAGAAGAAACACAUUUAUUGGCACACCUUAUUGGAUGGCACCUGAGGUCAUUGCUUGCGAGGAGAACCCAGACUCUACAUAUGAUUACAGGAGUGACCUCUGGUCUCUGGGAAUCACUGCGAUUGAGAUGGCCGAAGGAGCUCCUCCCCUGUGUGACAUGCACCCCAUGAGAGCACUCUUCCUCAUCCCACGGAACCCGCCCCCAAAGUUGAAAUCCAGAAAAUGGUCAAAGAAAUUCCUAAACUUUGUUGAAAGUUGCCUUGUGAAAAACUAUUUGCAUCGUCCGUCCACUGAAACCUUGCUGAAGCAUUCCUUCAUCCGAGACAUGCAGAACGAACGGCAAGUGCGCAUCAUGCUGAAAGAUCACCUGGACAGGACCAGGAAGAAAAAAGGAGAAAAAGAAGAAACAGACUACGAUUACAGUGGAAGUGAGGAGGAAGAUGAUGAGCUGAAUGAAGACGAAGGAGAGCCGAGCUCCAUAGUUAAUCUCCCAGGGGAGUCAACUCUCCGCCGUGAAUUUCUGAGGCUGCAGCAGGAGAACAAAAACCGUUCUGACCCUCAUCGCCAGCAGCAGCAGCUGAAGGACCAGGAGAAAUACAAGAAGCAGCUGCUGACAGAGCGGCAGAAGCGGAUCGAGCAGCAGAAAGAGCAGAGGAGGAGGCUGGAGGAUCAUCAGAGGCGAGAGCAGGAGCUACAGGAAUGCGAGCAGAGGUGGCCAGAGGCUAAGGCCGUUCAGAGGAUAGAGGAGAGGUGUAAAGAAGACAAAAGGGCUGUGGAAGAUGAACGCUUCAUAGUAGAUGGACAGAGGAAAUCAGAAAAGAAGCAGAAGGUGGAAGAUGUGCAGCACAACAGGAAGGUGCACCGAACUCUCCCCAAAGAUCAGACACAGCUGCUGUCUCUCCAGCACGACCACAAGCAGAAGAAGAAGGAGCCUUCCAAGGGUUCAAAUUCAGCCGUGCAUCCUCCAUCAAGCAGCACAAGCAAAGAGGCCGAGGACCGAAAAAAGAAAAGCGACAGCAUCCAGUGGCCAGCAGUGCUGGGACACGAAGCCAUGCCACACGCCAGGAUGGGAUCAGGCAGCAGUUCCAGCCCUUGCACCCCCGCCCCGCAGCGAGCCGUGCUAGUGCAGUGUGAAAAUUUCCGAGCCAGUAAGGAUAUGUACCACAGCAGUUCACUAUCGGAUAUGGUGACGACACCACUCAGCCCUGUGCCGGAUGACGUAUUCUGGAGCGUGGGUCAAAGCGAAGAACAGCCCCCAAAGGUUCCAGAAAGGACAACCUCUAAAUUUUACAGCGGGGGUCAGCCUGGCCAUCAGAGAUGCCUUUCAAGUAACACUCAUCAGUCAUCCCCUGGGGUACAUGCUCUGAAGCUAAACAGCAGCAGCAGCACUCCUGGCACCAAGCAGUGGGAGAUGGGAUCUCAUCAGAGCAGCCGGUCAACCUCAGGGAAUCCAGGACCGGACCAGUCAGAGAAUGCUUUGUCCCAGAACCACUUGCAGCUGCAGAAGAAGUCUGACAAAGCUUCUCACGCAGUCCAGAUUGCGAGCCCAAGCUCCUUUGCCAAGGGGAAGGACAGUGCCAACUCACUUCUAAAAGCAGCAGACUAUUCCUCAUCAAGUGACGAAGUCGGCAGCAGCGACGAAGAUGACAUGAACCACUCAAGGCAACUGCUAAGCAGCAGAGUGGCAGAUUUCUCAAGGACGAGAGUACCAGAUGGAAUUGAACUGAAACCCCAAAGCACCGUCGCAGAACACAAGGAUCAGGUUUUAGGGAAACAGAUAUCUAGCACCCAAGAAGGCCUCUGGAGUGUAAACAACCAGAACUAUCUCCUGCCAGAUCUCCUUCAACAAAGCCAAAUUUCAGACUCCUCUGUGAACCCACCAAAAGUGCCACUGACUAACCAGGAACCUCAGAACAGACCUCUGAGUAAGGCUCCGUGCGCUGAAAGCCCACCUUCGAAGAGCAGCACGUCAUCUACAACAUCGUUUACGUCAUUCAUAGAUCCUAGGCUUCUGCCCAUCACCCCUCCCACCAGUCCAGUAGGACCUUCCUGUAGUUCUCCAUCUAGUGCAAAACCUGAGCCUGUCAGGAGGGAAAAUGCACGGAAAGGCUCCGUUGUCAAUGUCAACCCUACGAAUAUCCGCCCACAGAGUGACAGUCCAGAAAUUCGUAAAUACAAGAAGAAAUUCAACUCAGAGGUCCUUUGUGCUGCUUUGUGGGGAGUAAAUUUACUGGUGGGAACAGAGAAUGGAUUGUGGCUGCUGGACAGAAGUGGGCAAGGAAGAGUUUAUUCGCUGAUUACAAGGAGACGAUUCCAGCAAAUGGAUGUUCUGGAAGGACUCAAUGUGCUAAUUACUAUAUCAGGGAAGAAGAAUAAGUUGAGGGUAUAUUACUUAUCAUGGCUGAGAAAUAAAAUUUUGCGCAAUGAUCCAGAGGUGGAGAAGCGGCAAGGCUGGGUGUCUGUGGGUGACCUAGAAGGCUGCGUACACUACAAAGUUGUAAAAUACGAGAGAAUCAAAUUCCUUGUAAUUGCUUUGAAAAACUCAGUGGAGGUUUAUGCUUGGGCUCCAAAGCCUUAUCACAAAUUCAUGGCUUUUAAGUCCUUUACCUCACUUCAUCACAAACCACUGUCAGUUGACCUGACUGUUGAAAAUGGACAAAGAUUAAAAGUCAUAUACGGCUCACUAGUGGGCUUUCACGCUAUUGAUGUGGACUCUGGAUCUGUGUAUGACCUGUACCUUCCGACACACAUCCAGGGGACUAUUCGUCCACAUGCCAUCAUCAUCCUCCCAAAUACCAGCGGAAUGGAGCUUCUACUCACCUACGAAGAUGAAGGCAUCUACAUCGAUAUAUAUGGGCAUUUCACAAAGGAGACUGUUUUACAGUGGGGAGAAAUGCCAGCAUCUGUAG